GAUGUCAUUAAUCGUGGAAGAGCCCCCCGACGGGGGCUGGGGCUGGCUGGUGGUCCUGUCUGGCUUCCUAGCAAAUUCCCUCACCUACGGGGUCUUGCGGUCCCUCGGCAUCCUCUUCGAAGACCUCAUGGAAGCCUUUGAUGCGAGUGCAGCCCAGAUCUCCUGGGUGACGGCCAUCGCCUUGGCGACGCAGCAGUUUGCCAGUCCGAUUGGCACAGCUGCCAGCAAGCGGUAUGGGUCCCGGGCGGUGGUGGUGGCCGGCGGCUGCCUCUCCUCUCUGGGCAUUCUCGGGGCCUCCUUUAGCACCAGCCUGCUCCAGUUAUACCUCACCUUGGGGUUUCUGACAGGUGUUGGCUGGGCCUUGGCCUUUGCUCCGGUGAUGGGCACCCUCGCCCGCUAUUUCUCUUCCCGGCGCUCCGUAGCCAUGGGCCUGGCUCUGAUGGGCAACGGGCUCUCCUCCUUCGCCCUUUCCCCACUCCUGCGGCUCUUGGCCGAGUCCCUGGCCUGGCGAGGGGCCUUGCUGGUGACCUCUGCGCUGGUCCUUCACCUGGUGGUCUGUGGGGCCCUCCUCCGCCCCUUGGUCUUGCGGGGGGACCAGCUGGAGUCGGGGUCCUUGUUUGACUGGGCGCUUUUCACCCAGCGAGGCUUCGGGGCCUUUUCUUUCGGCACUGCCCUGUUGGCAGCCGGAUACUUCACCCCUUAUGUGCACCUGGAGCCUUAUGGGCGGGCGCUGGGCCUAGAUCCCUACAAAGCUGCCACCUUGGUGUCUGUCGCUGCUCUGUCAGAUGCCCUGGCCCGCCUGCUGGCCGGUUGCUUUGCUGACCGCCGCCUUGUCAGGCCAGCUCACCUUCUGGUGCUGUUGAACUGCCUCACCGGCUGCAGCCUCCUUCUCCUCCCGCUCGCCGCCUCCUUCGUGGACUCCCUCCUCCUGGCUCUGCUGUACGGCAUCAGCAGUGGAAGCUUCGCCACCGUGGCCUUCGGGGUCCUGCCGGAAAUUGUUGGCGUCGCCCGCGUGGUGAACGCCACGGGGCUGUGUCUGAUGGUGAUGAGCGUUGGGGGGUUGCUGGGACCCCCGCUGUCUGGUUUCCUGCGAGAUGUGACCGGCAGCUUCACCGUCUCCUUCCUGGCAGGGGGAGCCUUCGUCCUCUCCGCCAGCCUCGUCUUCCUGGCCCUUCCGUCCUUUUUUGCUGGCUGCAGGGCCUGCGGUGGCGAAGGAGGGAUUCCCAGGGUCCGAGGGGAGCCCAACGUCCCACUGGCACCUCCUUCAGCAUCUGUUCCCCUGACCAGCAAAAGCUCCGAGAUAUGA